UAUGUAUUCCCCAGAUUCUUCGAUUGAUGAUCGAUACUUUUAUAAUCCAAUGAAUUCACUUUCAGAAUCAGAGUAGGAUAUGACAUUUUAGAAUAAGUCAUCAUUAAUUAGUGAUUAACCAGCUAUUGCUGCUAAAAAAGCAGGCACUAUAAUUGAUAAUUAAGUAUAAUCAAUUGAAAAAAAAACAACAAACUUCAAAAUAGAUAAUGUAGAAAACUACAAAGAAGUUAAAUUACCUGAUCAAUCUUUUAAUAAAUAAUCAUAAUAACCAACAUAAAAUUUCUAGAAAACAUAACCUCAAGUAUCCUAAAAUGUUAAAAUUCAAAAAAGUAUUGAUCAAAAACCUACUUCUGUUGGAACUUCUAAUGUUGAAAUAACUAAUGCUAGUGCCAGAAAAAAACCACGAAUUUUUGAACCUAUUAAUACUGAUGAAAAAUUAGAGUAAACAUGUAAUUAAAUCAUUUCUAUUAUUUAUUUAUAGCAUUCUUAAAAGAACUCAAUAGAAUGGCUGGAGAAGAAGCAUAAAAAAAACAUGUUGAAAUUAAAUAAAUGUACAUUAUUAUUUUUAUUUAUUUACUUAGCUAAAAUGCUGAAGACUUAAUUAUUUAAAAACAAUUAUUUCUAUUCACCAAUUAUAAUGAAAAAAAUGUUUAAUAAUAUAUUGAUAAAGCAUAAAAUUAAGUAGAAAAGUUACAAAACCAUUUAGAUUUAUUACAAUAACUCAAAGAAUAUAAUGACAAAUUAAACGAAAUUGGACCUAUGUGUUUAGAUAAAGAUGUGAGUCUUUUAGAUGUUAAUAUAUAUUUCUAAUUUAGCAAGUUUCAGAAGAUAAAAGAAAGCAAAGAUCUAGAGAAGAAUUUAAAAUAUUAUACACUUAAAUUUAAAAAUUAGAAAUUAUAAGCAGAACUGAUUAUGAUUAAGAUUGCACUGAAACCAUUCAAACUUUGUUAAAAGAUAUAGAAAUUAAAUUAAAAUUAGAAUUUGCUAUUGAAAAUCUAUCAAGACUUAAACCUUAACUUCAGUUGCUUAAAAAUAAUAGAAACUUUUAAACCGAAUUUCAAGCUUAUCUAGAUUUAAUGAAAUAAUCUUAGAAAUUUGAAUCAGAAAAAUUAAAACCCUAAUUAGAAAUGAUGAAAUCAAGUCUUAAAAUUAGAGCUUAAAAAAUUCAUCACUAAAUUAGCUGA